GAGUCAUUGAGAGCCAUUCAUGAAGGUUUGGGAGCGAGUCAUUGAGUAUAGGGUGCGGAAAGGGGUAUGCAUCUCUGAGAACCAGUUUGGUUUCAUGCCUGGCAGAUCAACUACAGAGGCCAUUCACCUCGUGAGGAGGUUAAUGGAAGAGUAUAGAGCUAGGAAGAAGGAACUUCAUAUGGUGUUCAUUGAUCUCGAGAAGGCGUACGAUAGGGUGCCAAGGGAGGUCUUAUGGAGGUGUCUUGAGACGAGAGGAGUUCCCAUCGCGUAUACUCGCGCGAUCAAGGAUAUGUACGAUGGGGCUAUGACUAGGGUAAGGACCUUCGGGGGCGACUCUGAGUCAUUCUCGGUAGGGAUGGGGUUGCACCAGGGGUCUACCCUUAGUCCUUUUUUGUUCGCCUUGGUGAUGGACGUCCUAACUCAAGGUGUGCAAGAAGGGGUCCCAUGGUGCAUGCUUUUCGCGGAUGAUAUUGUGCUUAUCGACGAUACACGUGAGGGACUAAACGAUAAGUUGGAACAAUGGCGCCUUGCCCUUGAGACUAAAGGGUUCAGAAUAAGUAGGAACAAGACUGAAUACAUGGAGUGUCGUUUCAGCGGCAGAGAAACAGAAUCAGAGGUGGAAGUUAGGAUUGACUCUCACCUAGUACCUAAGGUAGACAGGUUUCGAUAUCUUGGCUCGGUAAUCCAGGCUGAUGGGGAGUUAGACGGGGAUGUUGGACAUCGUGUUGGAGUGGCUUGGGCCAAAUGGCGGUUGGCUUCAGGGGUAUUGUGUGACCCGAAGAUUUCGCCCAGGAUGAAAGGCAAGUUCUACCGAUCCGUAGUCAGACCUGCUAUGUUAUAUGGGGCAGAGUGUUGGGCGGUUAAGAAGACUCAUGUGCGUCGUCUGCAUGCGGCGGAGAUGCGGAUGUUACGAUGGAUGUGUGGGAAGACAAGAGCUCAGCAUCUGCCCGGCGCAGACAUAAGAGGCCAGAAGCUCUUCUGGCCAAAAAACAAACCGUCCUAAGAGUGUCAAAUUUAUAGAAAGUAGUGUAUACUUCGUAUAUGUUAUGGAGUACUCUGCAUAAAAGAGCACGGCCAAAAACUACUGUAGUACAUCUGCAAUGGAUUAGAUCAGUAUCUCAACUUAAUUCCUUGCAAAUUGCAAUUGUUGUUCUUUGCUUCCUCUUGUGCACCAAAUUGCGUUUAAUACAGACGGCGAAGCUAUUGACGAAGAACACUUUCAAUUUGCCCAGUCGAUUUUCCCGUCUCUUGGCCAGUGACAUUAUUUUCUGCUACUACUGCAAUGCCCUUCCCACAAGGACCAACCACUUAUGAUGAGGUCUCAGUGCCACAAAACAUGCUGUUAACCGAUAGUCUUGAGGACUUGGAAAGUCUCAGAAAACAACUGUACUCUGCAGCUGAAUAUUUUGAGUUAUCUUAUUAUAUCAACCAUGAUCAAAAGCAGGCGUGAGUUAGUUUAAAUUUUCUACAUAUCACCUUACUAUUAUCUUUGCUGCUGAUGUGAGACAUUUAAGUGCGGUAGAUGUUUCCAGACCUUCCAUUGCCUCACUAUGUAAUAUUGUUUUCUUCGCUUGCAUUUUUUCUUUUUCAUUGUUUAUUAUUUUUUGUUUGUAGGGUUAGGUUACGGAGUACAUGUUAAUAAAUGCUAAUAUUGCUCCACUCUAAUUUUAUUUGCCUCCAGGUUGUAGCCUCAACAGAUUAGCCGCAUGUCACAAAGUACAGGGUGCUAGUUUCUACCCGAAAACAUGGAGCUGUAAUAAUUGCGGAUUUGUUUAAGAUGAAAACUUGUGAAUAUAUAGCUCAUGUAAGAAAAGUGUUUCUUCUUUCUAAAGUAUAGGGUGCUAGUUUUUGCCCAGAAACAUGGAGCUGAAAUAAUUGCGGAUUUGUUUA